AUGAUGGACAUUGAAGACGAAAAGAAGGACAAGACCACCAAGUCUGUCGAAAAAGUGAUGCAUCGGAGGCAUGGAGGUGAAGGGCAAGGAGUCACCGGCCAAAACGAAAACAAGGACAUUAAACAUAAUGGCGUCGCCUCCACCAAGCUUAAUAUGACCACACACCAAAACUCACCAGCAAAGACUAACAUCAAACAAGAACCCAAGAACAGCACCACCAAAGCUGUCGAUAUUGGCAAGGGCCAGGAACGCGAAAGUGAAGGCAGGAAUCUUGGACAUGAAAACGCCGAGAGAAAGGCACACAAGGACUUCAUAAGCAACGUCACCACCACCAAGUCUAAAGCAACCUCACAGCAAGCCCCUCCAGCAAAAGACAUCAUCGAAAAAGAAUCGAUGGAUACUACCAUCGACAUUGAGAUGGGCGAAGACCAUCAAGGCGAAGGCAACAAUCUCGAACACGCGAACACGGAUAGACAACCACACGAGAGCCGCACCGACAGAACGAAACCUUCCGCCGCAACCCUCCCUCUCCGAUCCACCUCCACGCCGCCGGCCAACUGCGCCGACAUCCACGUCUAUCCGCGCGCCAACUCCGUUCCUCCUUCACCCGCUCACGCUAUGCUCUCAUACAGCCCCAACGCCAGCGCCCUGCACCCAUUCAUCCGCGAGCUCCUCGCCCGGUACAACGACCCCAGCGCCCCCUUCGUCGACACCGAAUACCCGUACAUCCAGUUCGCGCUAACGCAGCUCCACGCCUGCGCGCCCAGCGUCGAGGACCUCAUCGCGGCGCGUCGCCUCUGCAUGUUCUUCCGCGGCAGGCAAACAAGCGUGUGGAGGAUGGGGCCUCUACGAGAGUGGAUCGAGGAGGUAGCGAGGAAAGAAGCAGACGGUCAGAGAGGAGAUGGCGUGGCGGGUAUGCCGAAGCUGGAGCAACUGACGGACGAGCAGGCCCAGGCGGAUAUCCGGCUUGCGGUGCAGAAGGUCGCCAUGUACAUGGCUGCUGAGCCGGAGUAUGUGGGCGAUGUGUGUGCUGAGCUUGGGAUUAGGGUUGAGAGACUGAGUCCUGACCAGAGGAUGGUGGGAGAGUUGCAAGACAACGACGGCAAGCAACAUGGGUGGCAGGUAUCUCAAGAUGGUGCAGACGUGGCGGAGGCUGCCCAGGCGGUGGCUUACGACCACACGCAAGAGGAGAACCAGAGAGUGCCGAAGCGGUUCUUGGGCGAGCAGCAACGCGAUGACGACACUGCCGCACCGCCUGCGAAGAAAUUGCGCGCGGAUGCGGACACUGACAUGGACACAAACACAACAAGAAAGAAAAUCGGCCCGGAGUGCAUUCCUCUUGGUAUGGAGCGGCUCAUAGACUAA